GGUUCUUAUAAGUACAGUAACGAGGCCGCCCCCGAGACACUGAACAAGAGACAGGUCUUGUACAAGUACUGGGCCCGUUGGGGCUGCUGGUACAAAUACCAGCCCCUGGACCACAUCAGGGAAUACUUCGGAGAAAAGAUUGGCAUCUACUUCGCCUGGUUAGGUCAGCGGAUCUACGGACCUGUCCGAAUCUUUACAUAACUCUUUUGCUUUUUUUUUUUUUUUUUAAAGCUAGACUUUUUUCCCACUUGAAACUUUCGUGUGAUAAUUAUUAAGAAUUAUUACAUCGUGUAAAAAAUUGACCAACAUAUUCAGAAUAUUAACUUGUUUUCUUAUUUCUCGUACUGUGUUGCUUUUAACUGUUGUUUUUUGUUUGUUUUUUUCUUGUUUUUUUUUUUACUUUCCGAAUCUUGUGGACCACUAAAUUAAUGUUAAAUCUAUGUUAAUCAAUCGUCCUUACUUUGGCUUUAUAAAUUCAAUGCUGCCGUCUGCUAAGUAGAGUUUUAACUAUGUCGACACAUCCUUGACUUCCUGACACCGCCCAGUUCAGUCUUUAGGUUGAUGUUCAAUGUUUGUCUCUCUGACAGGUUUCUACACGGCCUGGCUGCUUCCCGCCUCAAUCGUUGGUGUCCUGGUCUUCCUAUACGGCGUCAUCACGUUUGAUGGUAACAUACCAGCGUAA